AUGUCAGCUCAAAAUCCAUUCGAUCAGAAAAAGGCAGCUAUUUUAUCUGAAAUAAACUCCUCGCAGCCCGAUCUGUCACCAAAAGGUUCCAUCGACAGAUUAUGUCUGCCAAUAAUCAAACUAAUCAAUUCACAUGAAGAUAUGGUUACUACAUCAUCAUGCUCUGGCAGAAUAAGUGUGUUUGCAGAAGGUGUCAAGGAUUAUAAAGGUAAUGUCAAAGUUGGGGGUAAAGGACAAGGUGGUAAGUGGUUAUAUGUCAGUCAUGACAGUGAUAAGGUAAGAGGUUGGAUUGAUACAUUAAACACAUCAGACCAAGAAAUAAUUAGCGGAACAGUAGAAGAUAAUUUAAUUGCAUCUGAUGGUAGUACAAGGUAUCUCCUGUACAAAUAUGAACCGUUCAUUUUGCAUGUGAAAUGUAGAAAUUUUGAAAUGGCGUCCAGGUUGUAUAACGUUGCCAUGGCAUGUGGGUUUAGGGAAAGUGGUAUUGGGUCUAAUAAUCUUGUUGCUGUAAGAAUAAACAUUAAGCUAGAUGUUCCAAUAGGUUUUGUUGAUGAUAAAGAAAAACUGAAUCUAUUUGUAAGCCCUAACUAUAUUCAAUUACUAGAUAAAUUAACCUUAACCAAGUUUGAAGAAAAUGAGAAAAAGAUGAAGGAAUUAUAUGUUAAAAUUGAAAACCAAAUUAUUAAUGGAAAUCCUAUAGCCAGCCUGGAGGCUAAGAAAGAACAAGAAACAAAAGAGGAGAGGAGAGAGAGAAAAAGAAGAGAAGGUCUUGAAAGACAGCGUAAAGCUAAGGAUCAGAAGGCUGCAGCUACUGAUUGA